AAAUCUGUUUUUUUAACUUUGAUGUGUGUUUCAUAUGCGAGCAAAUUUUUACGAUGAAAUGACAUUUGCGGAGGCGGCCAUCGUGAAAAUUUACACGCAGUGAAACACAAAUCAAUAUUUGUUGCCAAAAAAUGAGUUUUUUUAAUUUGUUAAGUUUUUUUUUUGAAUUUUAUUAUAGCAAAGGGUGGAUGCGAGCUCGAGCUCACAAGAGCACUCUGCUGUUUCUUCUUUCUUUUCUGUUGGCCGCAGCGUAAGUUCCAUGUAGGUACGUAUAAAUGGCGGGCUCCUCCCUCCCGCCUUCUACUUACUUAUUUUAGCCAACGCGACGAACAGGACGACAUCGAGGCGAUCAGCCCAAGGGAGGGGAAUAAUGAUGGAUUUGGCGGCAACACAAGAGGAAUAAUCCGCCGCUGAAUCCUUCCGAUCGUCGUCCCCAUCGAUCACCGGCCGUCUUCUCGGGCUCCGGCGGAAGACGGGAACAAAAUGGACGAGCUUUCCCAGGAGCAAAUCCAGGAGUUCCGGGAGGCCUUCAAGCUCUUCGACAAAGACGGCGACGGGACGAUCACGACCAAGGAGCUGGGGACGGUGAUGCGGUCGCUGGGGCAGCACCCGACGGAGGGUGAGCUCAAGGACAUGGUGGAGGAGGUGGACGCCGACGGCAGCGGCACCAUCGACUUCAACGAGUUCCUGGGGCUGGUGGCGCGGCAGAUGCGCGGGGACGCCGAAGCCGAGGAGGAGCUCCACGAGGCCUUCCGCGUCUUCGACAAGGACAACAAUGGCUUCAUCUCCCUCGACGAGCUCCGCACCGUCAUGAAGAACCUCGGCGAGAAGCUCUCCGAGGACGAGCUCAACGAGAUGCUCCAAGAGGCCGACGCCGACGGCGACGGCCAGAUUAACUACAAGGAGUUCGCCAAGGUCAUGAUGGCAAAACGGCGAGCAAAUGCGGAGGAACAUGGAGCUGGCGAUCACGGUGGGUCGGAUCACUCACACGGCGGUGGGGGCGGUUGCCCAUGUACAAUUCUCUAAGAAGAGAAAUUUCAGGGUUUUCUUUUGCUUUUAUAGUCUGAAUUACAGCCGGAAGAAGUGUAAACGAGUGAGUGAGAACAAGUAAAGCAGGAUACCCCGUGAUUCGCAAGAGUGAAAAACUUUACUUAUAGGUGCAUUAAUUCACCAAUCUUUUAAAUA